AUGUCUGCCCCAAUUUACCUCGGUGUUAUCGGCGUCGGCGGCGUUGGAACCGCCUUUCUAAACCAGCUCGCCCGCCUUCCCAACGCCCCCAAGCUCAUCCUCCUCGCCCGCUCCAGCCAAACCCUCCUCUCCCCGACCCCCUCCUACAGCCCCUCCAUCCCCGCCGCCGAGUGGAAAACCGCCGUUGAGACCCCCUCCCUCACCAAAUCCGGCGCUCUCACACCCGAUGAGAUUGCCUCCUACCUCGCCUCUGCCCCCGGCCGCUCCGUCCUCGUCGACAACACCUCCGACCCCGCCCUCGCAUCUUCCUAUCCCGUCUUCCUCCGCAAAGGAAUUUCAAUCGUUACACCUAACAAAAAGGGCUUCUCUUCUGAUCUGUCUCUAUGGAAGGAUAUCUUUGCCUCCGCUGCUGAGGGCAAGGCGCUCGUCUACCAUGAGAGCACCGUUGGCGCGGGUCUCCCUGUGAUAUCAACGCUCAAGGACCUGGUCGCGACAGGCGAUGAGGUUACCCGGAUCGAGGGUGUGUUUUCCGGAACGCUCUCCUUCCUCUUCAAUACCUUUGCGCCCGCGUCCGGUGGUUCCGACGCGAAGUGGAGCGAGGUCGUUGCAAAGGCCAAGGAGCUCGGCUAUACAGAGCCCGACCCCCGCGACGACCUGAACGGUAUGGACGUCGCGCGGAAGCUGACCAUCCUCGCCCGCAUUGCGGGACUCGACGUUCAGUCCCCGGACUCCUUCCCCAUUGAGUCGCUCAUCCCCGCUGAACUUGCUUCCCUCCCCUCGUCCUCUGACGGAAUUACGCAAUUCAUGACCCGUCUCCCGGAAUUCGAUGCCCAGAUGGCGGGCAUCAAGGAGGGCGCUGAGAAGGCUGGUAAGGUGGUUCGGUAUGUCGGUAGCGUGGAUGUUGGCAAGAAGGAGGUGCGUGUUGGGCUACAGCAGUUCGACAAGGAUAGUGCCAUUGCCGGGCUGAAGGGGAGCGACAACAUCAUCAGCUUCUAUACCCGGCGGUAUGGAAGCAACCCGCUUAUUGUCCAGGGUGCUGGUGCGGGUGGUGAUGUUACCGCUAUGGGAGUGACGGCAGACUUGAUCAAGGUUCUCGAGAGGCUUUCCUAG